AUGACGUGGGAUGGUGAACCCGAAGAAAAGGCAAACGUUUUCGGGUUACACAAGGCUAUCCAGAAUUCCUUUUCAAACAGUAAAACGGAUAUUUCCAUCACAUUCCAGAUUCUACAAACAGGUUUUUCACGUUCACUCCAGCAGUCCAAGGCGAACGCAGAGUUCACGUUAGUAGAAGCGCCUCCGACAGCCGCUUUCAUCGCUUCGCAUGCAAAGAGCCCGAGCGCAAGCUCGCCAAACGAGGUCAUCAUCACGGUGCUCCUCCAAAUUCACAACAUACGGGAAACCCCUCAUCACAGGAUCCUUAUCGUCACCAUGCCCGAUCAAUCCAACAAUAUCUUCUUCAAUAAGGAAACGCUAGCCUUUUCGUUUCCUUUAAUUCUUGUCUGCACAACCUACGCAUACUUCACAUAUGUUCCGUUAAACAUCGGCCUACCCAUCAUCGGAGGACUCUUCGUCCUUUACCAAAUACGGUCAUCUGUCAAGGCUCAACAAGCACAAAAGCUAACGCAUAUGGAUGAACGUACUAUGGAGUCUUUGGUCAAUGAGCUUUCUGGUGCCGCAGAUGCCGACGCGUCGAAUGCAUCCAAACGGGCCGAAGUGGAAAAGGCCAAGAAAAAGGUGGCUGCGCGACUCGUGCAAGAAAAGAAAGUCGAAGCCAAAAAGGCUGGUAAAAAGAAAAAGCCCAAUCAACAGGAGGAGGAGGAUUUAGACGAUGAUGCUCUUUUGACAUUUGUAAAGCCGUCGUCCAAAGCCAAGAAGAGCUAG